CAACCGUCCUCAAACCCCUCCAAGAAAUGCACACCGCACAUUCUCCCGUGCCGGGUACACCAUCAUGGCGCAAUCGCGGCGACCACGCGCCACUGGAACCCGCGCGAAGACGCCCUAGCUGCUAGUCCGAGUGGGGUAUCGAAGCAGCGCACACACACGGCAUACUUCCGAGGGAGGAAGUUGAAAGGGACGAAGGUCGACGUGCCUGAGGGGUAUAAAGCAGGUGUGAUACUUCGCCGAUCGAGUGAGCCGAUACAGGAACCGGCUGGAGAAGAGUCGGAUGAAGAGGACGCAGCGGGCGAGACAUACCCAGUUCGAGAAGAGGGGUCAUUUGAUGGUUUCAUGGUUUGGGGCCACGACGUGCUUCCGGACCCAGUGGAGGACACGUACAUCCGCGGAGUCGACGAAUGGAUUGGAUUCGCCGAGGCGAUG